CUGCAGGUUAUGCUGGAAGAGACUGCGUCUCACACAUGGCUGCCCAGGAGACGGAGAUUAAGAGCAGUGCCUCCAUUAUUCCUUGUUUCCUCUUUGUAGAGCUUGUCCUGAUGGCCGGAACUGUUAUCCUCUCGUACCACUUUGAAUACACGGACACCUUUCCUGUACACUCCCAGGGUUUCUUCUGCUACGACAGCACCUUGUCCAAGCCAUACCCGGGUCCUGAGAGCACCAGCCGGCCCCCGCCACGUCUGCUGUACCCUCUGAUCACCGUACUGCCUGUCCUGACGAUCUUGCUGGGAGAGGUAUCUGCUGUCUUCAUCAACCCACGAUGGAGGACCAAGGAAAAGAUCAUCUCGUGUGGUGACUGCUGCUUUUUCAACCCUCUGCUGCGUCGUGUAGUCAGGAUUCUGGGACUCUUUUCUUUUGGCCUGUUCUGCACAGUAAUCUUUGCUGGAGCGGUUCAGACGGUCACCGGUAACCAGGCGCCUCACUUCUUGUCUGUGUGUCGCCCCAAUUACACGGCUCUGGGCUGUAUGUCUCACUUACAGUAUGUGUCCUCGCCAUAUGCCUGCACUGGUGACCCUGAGCUCAUCACUGAGGCUCGCAAAGCUUUCCCCUCCAAGCCAGCGGCUCUAGGAGCAUACGCGGCAGUUUACACCACGAUGUAUGUCACACUUGUUCUAAAGAUAAAGGGAUCUCGGCUGGUGAAGCCAUCCCUGUGUCUGGCUCUCCUCUCCCCAUCAUGGCUGCUGUGCCUGCUGCGUGUGGCUGAGUACCGGAACCACUGGAGGGAUGUUCUUGCUGGCACCGUGGUCGGAUCUGCUAUUGCUGUUUUCCUAGUAACCUGUGUGCUGAAUAAUUUUGGAAGCUCCACCCCUGAGGAGAAGGAGUUACAGCAGAAAGAAGAGGACGAGGUCCCCAUUCCUGAGAACCUUCAUCCUCCGGCACGUGAAAAGUUAAGUGUGGUACAGGAUUGUGGAACUCCAUCCAGCAAUGUCACCUGACCCUCCUCCAUGCCUUGUUCCUGUCACUCCUGAUGUUCUUAUACCAUCGAACUGUAUGACCAGCCAAGUAUAG